AUGCUUCCGUCGUUCAUGGUCAAACUAUUUUGGAAAAGGAUGGACGAGGCGGCGGAGGGAGUAGGAGUGGGAGGGGGUGCCAAACACAAGGGAGGAGGCGAGGGGGUGCCACGCGUCGUGGUUAAGUACAGCUACGAGGAGGAGGAGGAGAUCGAGGAGGAUACAUCGAGGCAAGCUCAGCACAGGGUGAGCGGCCCGGGCGGCAAUGCAAAUGAGCAGGAGGGCUCGAGCUUGGAAUCGAGCUCCGACUCGAGCUCGAGCGAUGAGUUGAUUGAGCACGACGGCGAGGGCGCAGGAGAACAUCCAGGUGGGACGGAGCGUACGGAGGAGCACGGAGUGGCGCUCGGGGAGCGGGUGGACGAGCGGGUGAAGCAUAUCAAGCAGCAGGCGACGGGGGACGAUGGGGAUGUCGAGGAGCAGGAGGGCGGAGCGGCUGCGCAGGAGGGUGGGGCAGGAGUGCAUCAGCAGGAGGGCAGGGCGGCUCAGCAGGAGGGCGUGGUGGCUGCGCAGGAGGGUGGGGCGGGAGGGCAGGAGCAGGAGGGCAGGGAGGCUGCGCAGGAGCGACAGGUCGCAGUAAGAAGUCACCGCACGGCCAGUGGCAGCAGACAGGCAGGCCCUUCGACGUCGGCCAUUGCAUCUGGAGGCCAGGUCGUCGAGCUACUGCAGAGGGUCGCGGAGGUCGAGGCGUCGCAGAAGAAGCUCGUCGCCGACGUAUUUGUGAAGCACAGUGAGCAAGCCGCUGUUUUCAACAAGCUUGCUGAGGAUUUUCGGACGGCCUGGAAUAUGAUUCCGGAGUCGUCGAAGAGCACGCUGAAGCAGUGCGGCGAUGUCGUAAACGGUGUCACAGAGGAGAGGAAGCUGUUGGAAGGGGCGCGCACGAAGCUCGACGAGAUGAGCGGGAAAAUCAUCGAGGGGGUGGCAGCCGCUAUCACAAAAGCGAGCGAGGACGCCGUCGAGAAGCAGCUCAAGCUUGUCGAGGAGCGGCUGGUUUCUUCGGUCGUGAAGGGUAUUGAGAAAGCCGUCAAGGAGGACUUGUUCUACUCCACCCUCCCGCUCGAGAGCAUGAAGGAGCUGAAGGACGUUGUGAGAGAAGGCUACCAAGAAGCUGAAGCUAGCAGAUUGGAAGUCCUCACCAAAGCGGUGGCGAGAGGGUUUCGGGGCUCGGCGGGCCCGUUGACGAGGUCGCGUCAGGAGGAGGGGGUGGCUGGUGUUCGCAGCGGGGUUGAGCAUCGAGUUCAUGAGCGCUCGGUUCCUCCUUCUUCGGUGGGAGGACAUGUCGGCAGCCUGGUAGCAUCCCCACCUUCGCGUGCCCGUCAGAAUGCCGGCAAGUCCGUCAAGGACAACGAGGUCAUCGUACUCGACCGGUCGCCCCUUCAGAAGACCUCUGAAGCAGCACCGAAGCCUCCGCCUGAUGCCUUUGCUCUGCUGCGGGACAUGCUGCAGGGCCUCGGGAAAAAGGGUGGGAAAGGAGUGGUUGCGGGGGAGAAAAGUGGUGCCCCAAUCGAAUCCGUCGCCUCGGCCGGGAAAGGAGUCGUGGAAAAGCGAGGUGACCCUACCCCGUUUGGCGGCGCUGCGGGGAAAGGAGCGGGGGAGAAACGGGAGGCGACAGAGAGCAGUGACGUCGAGAAGGCAUCUACCGUCGUUGCUGCUCGACACGAAAAGUCGAAGAAGCCCAAGGUGAUCGACUACGCCCCACCUCCUCCGCUGGACGACCAAGGCAAGACGAGAGGCUGCAAAGCUCCCUUCAAAGGACCGCGCAUGAUGUCGCGGAAGGGGAAGCCGGUUUCCGAGCAGACCGUAAGGUUGAGGAAGCGGUUCCUAGGCACUUCUGAAACGGAGGCGGACCAAAAGUUUUGUACGGCCAUCUGCUGGCGCGUGUACUUCCCCGGCAUAGACCUUAAGGAGUACGAGGGGUUCACGGCACAGGAUGAGAAGGACUGGAAGGUCUAUCUCGAUGCAGCCGCUGGUAUGCCCACCGGCGUUUGGAGCGUGGCGCAAGAACAAGGGGAAUGUCUUUUCGACGAGUGA